AUGGCAUCAACAAAAGUAAAUCAAAUGAAGAAGGUGGUUAAAAUAAAAUCUGUUGCGAAGAAAAAUAAUGGAACAACCAAAGAAAAUACUUCAGUCGAUCAAAGUGUUAAAUCAAUGAGUGUUGAUUCAGUUAAUAAUAUUGAUUCUGUUGAAGUGGAUACUGUUUCAAUCAAUGAAUCUUCUAUUUGUUCAAGUUCUGGUCUUCAAUUAAAACCUUCAACACGUCUUUCAAUCAAUAGUAACGAAGAUGAAAAUGAUGAGUUUUGUAAAAUGUUCAUGUCUAAUACAGCCAAGUUCAAGAACAAUACGAAUUACAGUUCAACACCUUUGCGUAUUUCAAGAAAUAUUGAUAGAAAUGUUCACGCGACUAUUCAUUCACAUUCUCCAUAUAGUUUGAAAGAUGCUGCACAUAGUCAAUUAUCGCAUUCGGCAAUUGAUUAUUGUUCAAAAAUACCAGACCAAAAUAUGAAAAGCAUACAAACUCCUACAAAUCGUAAUGUAGUUGGUGCUUUACGACAAAGUGAAACAUCAUCUUCAAUCCGGUCUUCAUCCAGUGUUCAAACGAAAUCGAAUAGUAUGGUAAUAUUAGAAACAUUUCCAGAAUAUCGUGAAUUGAGAUGA